AUGGCAGAUUCCUCAAGCUCCGCACCGGCUUCCGGCGAGGCCGCGAAGACCGCGCCCAAACCGCAAAACCCAGCUAUGAGAAUGAUGGGACUCCCCAAUUUUCGCUUCAAACUCCCCUCCCGGAACUGGAUGAUUUUUCUCUCUAUAACCGGCUCUUUCACUGCAGCCCUCGUCUACGACCGCAGAGAGAAGCGCCGCGCACAACAAAAAUGGUGUGAUCUCGUCGCCCAUCUCUCGAAAGAGUCAUUACCCAUCGAAGAGACGAGAAGAAAGUUGACUGUGUUCUUGGCUGCGCCACCCGGGGACGGGCUCCGAAAUGCCCGCGACCACUUCAAGGAGUACGUCAAGCCGAUUCUGGUGGCCGCUGCGCUGGAUUACAACGUUAUCGAGGGCCGGAGGGAAGGCGAUGUCAGGGCUGCGUAUGCGGAGCAUAUUCGCAAGCAGAGACGGCGGGCAGGCGAGGCGAGCACCGUUGUUGAAGAGACCACUAAGGAAGAUAUCGUUGCCGAGGCGAGGAAAAGUAUCGGCGUGCGAGAUGAACCCGGUCCAAAGGGAGACCUUGUUAUCGGUCGUCACACUUGGAAGGAGUAUAUCCGCGGUCUGCAUGAAGGUUGGCUUGGUCCAAUUGACCCUCCGCCGGUACCGGAAGAACCUCCCGUUGUUGAAGUUCCCGAAGUGCCAGCACCCGCCGAAGGGAACGCAGAUGCGCCAUCCCCAGAUAAACCAGAGGAAAAGAAGGAAGAGGAAAAGAAACCAGAGAAGCCCAAGGGGCCAACUCCCGCCUAUAUCACGCCUGUCGACUACUCCUCGCAAAGCCUCCCACCAUCCAUUCCACAAACCCUCGACGGUUCCACUCCUAUCUCCUUCCCACACCUCCUCGGCUUCUUGAACACUCCAAUCAGAAUCUACAGAUACCUGAACCAGCGUUACGUCGCCGACUCGGUCGGCCGGGACGUCGCAGCAGCCGUUCUCGCAUCCUACGUGCGCCCAUACUCCGAGUUUGAGUCAUCCAUUGAUCCUAACGACUCCAACGCCAUCCAGCCCUCAGCCACCGGGGUCUAUGAACAGCAGACGCAACUCGAACACGAAGAAAAGGACUGGCACAAAUCCGUCCAUAAGCCGGACGAGACCAACCCAGAGAGAGAGCGCGAAUGGGCAAGCGACAUAGUCCUAGACCCGCGCAUCGCAAGCCGCAUGCAGCGCUACUUCCUCUCUUCCGAAGAAGAAGCUCGUGCGCAGCGCAUUGACCAGGGUAUCGAGUAUAUUCUUGGCGAGGAACGACCCCCGACUGUUCCCUUCUGGCAACGAAUGUGGAUCAAGUAUGGCUAUGGCGAAGAUCCAGAGCUCGCUGGGAAGAAGCCUAUCCUUGGUAACAUCGACGGGGAAGACGCGUAA